AGCGUGAAUGAAGAAGUAGAAAAGGAAGGAGCUUCAAAUCCAGCCGGACGACUCGGCGCAUUGUCCGCCAGCGGCUACGUGCUCUCACACAGACGGCACAAUGGAGUUGGUUUUCCGCGCUAAUGUGAACAAGGCGCUCUGGUGCGCGCUUUGCGCCGCGCUCCUCUUCCUCGCCAGACGCACGUCCGCAGAAGAAGGCGCUCACGUGAAAUACUCCCAGUGUCAUAACUACGCGGGAGGCCACGUCUACCCGGGAGAAGCGUCCCGCGUGCCCGUGUCUGACCAUUCUCUGCAUCUGAGCAAAGCCAAGAUCUCAAAGCCUGCGCCACACUGGGAAGGAACGGCCGUCAUCAACGGGGAAUUCAAGGAGCUGAAGCUGUCGGACUACAAGGGCAAAUACCUCGUCUUCUUCUUCUACCCCCUGGACUUCACCUUCGUCUGCCCCACUGAGAUCAUCGCGUUCAGCGAUCGCGUGCACGAGUUCCGCGCCAUCAACACAGAGGUGGUCGCCUGCUCGGUGGACUCCCAGUUCACCCACUUGGCCUGGAUCAACACACCCAGGAAGCAGGGUGGACUGGGGCAAAUGAAAAUCCCCCUGCUGUCAGACCUGACUCAUCAGAUAUCCAAAGACUAUGGAGUCUACCUGGAGGACCAGGGACACACACUAAGAGGACUGUUCAUCAUCGACGACAAGGGCGUUCUGAGGCAGAUCACCAUGAACGAUCUUCCGGUGGGGCGGUCCGUGGAUGAGACGCUGCGGCUGGUGCAGGCCUUCCAGUACACUGACAAACACGGGGAAGUGUGUCCGGCAGGAUGGAAACCAGGAAGUGACACAAUCAUUCCCGACCCGUCAGGAAAACUGAAGUAUUUUGACAAACUGAACUGAUCUAUUUCUGUUUCUCCAGUCUGUGAAAUCAAGCACUUACUCAAAGAAAUAAAGUGUCUUUUCAUAAAA